GUUUCACUGAGCUCAACCCACAGCUGCAUGUAUCAGAUCACCCUACCACACAUGCUCACUGAGAACACGCAACGUGCGCUGCUUACCUCUCAUCUCAAGCCUCAGACCACCAUGGAUGAACUCGACAUGCUUCUGGAGCAGUUGGCUCAGAACUCCACCCAGACUUCAAGUGUUCCUGCACCCAUUCCACCCAAACCUUUCUCACUGGAAGCGUCCGUUAAAAGCAACAACACAACUCAGUUUGAACAAAUUGAAUCCUCAUGUCUUGUUGCUGGUGGAGGACAGAAAUGUGAUAAUGCCUACAGCAUGCUUCCAGCCCCUGUGGAGGCAGGAGUGAUGAGUCCCGGCACAGCUACGCGAGAGCUAGACUCCAUCAUGAAUGAGCUGCUGGGACUCGGUCUGGAGGUUUCAGAACCAAUUCCUACAUCAAGCCCUCCUCCAGUGGCUCGCAAGUCAGUAAAGGGCAAAAAAACAGAGGAAACUAAAGAAAGUGAUAGUGGAAGUCAGGAAGAGGGGAAGAAACCACAGCAUCCUCCCCUGUCAGAGAAAGUAUCCAAGAGUGUGGAUGCUAUAGACGACUUGCUGGGCUCUCUCAGCUCGGACAUGGAGAAAAUGGGGGUCCGCACAGCUGCCAAAGGCCAUUGUGCUUCUUGUGGCAAGUGUAUAGCUGGGAAGAUGAUCACAGCUUUGGGUCAGGUGUGGCACCCAGAACACUUUGUGUGUACGACAUGCAGGGAAGAAUUCGGCAGCAGUGGUUUCUUUGAGAGAGACGGGAAGCCGUACUGUGAAAAAGACUACCAAAACCUCUUUUCCCCUCGCUGCGCUUACUGCAAGGGUCCUAUUACACAGAACAUUCUAACAGCGAUGGAUCAAACAUGGCACCCAGAACAUUUCUUCUGCUCCCACUGUGGGGAUCUAUUUGGACCUGAUGGCUAUAUGGAGAAAGAUGGUAAACCAUAUUGCUCUAGGGAUUUCUACCGCCUCUUUGCACCCAAAUGCUCCGGCUGUGGAGAGCCAGUGAAGGAUAACUAUCUGUCCGCAGCCAAUGGAACCUGGCACCCCGACUGCUUUGUAUGUGCGGACUGUCUGAAGCCUUUCACAGACGGUUGCUUUCUUGAGUUGAACGGUCGGCCCCUCUGUUCCCUGCACUAUCACUCGAGACAGGGCACUCUGUGUGGGACCUGCGGAGAGCCCAUCUCAGGUCGCUGCAUCUCUGCUCUGGACCGCAAGUUUCACCCCGACCACUUUGUGUGUGCGUUUUGCCUCCGGCAGCUGAGUCAGGGGGUGUUUAAGGAGCAGGGAGGGAAGCCAUAUUGUUCAGUAUGCCACACAAAACUCUUUGUGUGAAAGAGGUGACUUUCCUCAAGGAAAAUUAAGGUUUUUAAACAGUGGUUAAAACUUUUUGACUCUAAGGCCCUCCAUUGUCCAACACAAGAUUUAAAAGCCCCCACCCACAUAGUCUAAGUUUUGUAUCUGGUAUUCUGCUGUAGCCUAUAAAAAGUUACUUGUUAAAGUAUUGAUAAAGCAAGUAUUCAUUUUUUUUAUUCCAAACAUUUAAAGUCCUGUAAUUUCCUCAAUAAAAACAAUAAUUAAUGAGGAAAAAAAUGAUUUCAGUUGACAUUUUAAUUUAGUUUUUUAAGAUAAGUUGAUGAGUUUUAGUAGGCAAUAAAAUAUAAUUUGCCCUUUAAAAUUUUAAGCAUGUGCCCUAUAUCACAUGACUUGAUAGAAAUGACAUCAUUUCCUUGGAAAGAAAGCAACUCCAAGAACAAAGAAAGAAUCAGUCAUAAACUUUUAUCUCUCUUCCUCAUUUUUAGAUGACGUAUUUAAUAGCGUAAAACAUAACAUGUUUGUGCUAUGUUUCCAUAACACAACAAUAACACUGUUGUGUCCAUUUAUGGACAUGUAAUAUAUUUUAUAUAUCUAUUAAAAUUCUUCCUUAAUGUAAAUCGUCUGCUGGUAUGUUGUUCUGUUCUAGCUAAUAAAGGGUUUUAAGCUUAAAACGUCCAUCACAUUGCAUUUUUAUAAAUGCCAUGUAACAGGGUGGACAAACUUUAUACACUGUGAGUGUACCUAGUACAAUCAUCUUGGAAGUCACUUCAACUUAAAUUACAUUAAGCUGACUUAAAAUAGUUAAAUCUUGUAUAACUAUGAAAGUUAAAAACUUAAGUGAUAUUUAUUUUGACCAUUAUCACAUCGCAUCAAUCAAGCUAUUUUAAUCCAUGUUGAACAAAACAAACAUUAUCGUUACAGAUGGUUCAUAAAAUUUAAAGACAAAGAUUCCUUGUCUCUUCUUCUUCUUCAACCUGACUAUGACAUGAAUUGAAUUUUGCUUUUGCGAUUAUCUUAGCAUAACAAAGCUAAUAUACAUCACUGCAGGCCAGUUGAGGAGAUUAUAAAGGCUAUUAUUUCAGUAUGGUUUCAAUGACUAAAAAGACUUUGCUUAAUAACAUACAUGUUUUCAUAGCCCAUGCAUUACAGUGACACCAUGGGGACAUUUUCUGUAAACAUUAAAACGGGUUAGAAUAACACCGACCAUCAUUUUCUUUCUUUAAUGCACAUGGAUUGUACAGAAGCCUGUUUAUUUUGUUGUGUGCAUGGUAAGAUCACAUGAGGGAACAUCCUUUUAGAUAUUGCUGAGCAUCUCUUGAUUAGUCAAGAAGUUACUCAAGGUUCAGAUGGGCAGUAACUUAAGGAACAGCCUUCUCAUCUUCAAAGAAUGCUCUUUGAUGGUAAGAGAUGACAGCUGCUUUCUGGGAGGAUGGGUCAAAGGUCAAGAUGUUUAUCACACCAUAACAGUCACGAACCGUCAUGAACUGCAAAAACCUCCCAUGGUGAGUGGACAAACACUCGUGCAGCAUGUGAUGGUGAACUUUAGAUUUUUGCCAUAAAUGGCAUGAAGUCACUAUUGCGAUCAACUACUGUACAAGUAUGAAACUCCCAAAUAUGAAAAUCCCCUAUGAGCACCCCUUCCUAAAAUAUGUAUUGAUUUUGUAUUACUUUUUUAAAAAUCUAAUAUUAAAAUAAAAAAAUUAAGAGAGAGAAUGAAGGGAAGAGGAACAGAGCGGAGUGGCUGGGAAGAUGUGUACAUGCGUUAAGUUUAUAAAUCAAGUUGUCAUCAGUCCAUUAGCACUCUGUUUUAGGAAGACUUAAUUCAAAUAUGUUGCUGUUACAAAACAACAGAAGCUGAUUAUUCUUUCAUAUUCUUUUUCAAUCCGUCUUCUCUACUGUUAAUUUGCUGAAAUGACUACUAAUAUAGAGCUUCCUGAAUAGGGUUUCUGUCUAGAACCAUUUACUGUAAACCCUAACACUGAAAAUAAUUAAUUGGUCUGAGUAGGAUAAACUGAAAUUAAACAAAAUAGUUCAAUCAAAUGAACUUUUAUGAGUAUUUAUAAUUUUCUUUUUCUUAUGAGUUCACAAAACUGACACAUUUUAAGUAAUCUGACUUGUUGCAUUGUUCUGAGUUUUAUUAACUUAAUUAAAACAUUAUUUUUAGACAAA